GCCAUAAAUUGCAUCUUUCCACUAUCCUGAUUAAAUGUUUCUUUUUUCUCCUUUCCCAGCUCUCCAUGAAUUCCCCAGCGACAUCUUUACAAAUGAGGACAGAAGACAUGGAGCUGUAGUCCUGCAUGUCUUCUGUGCCAUGUAUAUGUUCUACGCUUUGGCAAUUGUCUGUGAUGAUUUCUUUGUCCCUUCGUUGGAAAAGAUUAGUGAACGCCUGCAGCUUAGUGAAGACGUGGCUGGGGCAACUUUCAUGGCAGCUGGAAGCUCCGCUCCUGAGUUGUUUACAUCUGUUAUAGGUGUUUUUAUCACAAAAGGAGACGUAGGAGUCGGAACCAUUGUUGGCUCUGCCGUAUUCAACAUUCUCUGUAUAAUCGGUGUGUGUGGCCUUUUCGCAGGACAGGUGGUUGCACUGUCAUCGUGGAGUCUGCUGCGAGAUUCAACCUAUUACACACUGUCUGUUGUUGCACUCAUUGUGUUUAUUUAUGAUGAAAUCGUUUCUUGGUGGGAGUCCCUCGUCCUAGUGCUGAUGUACUUCAUUUACAUCCUGAUCAUGAAGUUUAAUUCCUCCAUACAUCACUGCUUUGAAAGGAAGACAAAAAAUGCUGCAAAUAUGGUGAACGGAUUAGCAAAUAACACAGAAAUGGACGAUAACAGCAAUUGUGACGCCACCGUGGUAUUACUAAAGAAAGGUAACUGUUCCAGGAAUUUCCGUCGUAAAGCCUCGGUGAUCAUGGUGGACGAGCUGCUGUCUGCUUACCCACACCAGCUUUCCUUCUCUGAGGCUGGGCUCCGGAUAAUGAUCACCAGCCACUUCCCUCCCAAAACCCGUCUCUCCAUGGCCAGUCGCAUGUUGAUCAACGAGAGGCAAAGGCUGAUAAACAGCAGAGCCUACACCAAUGGGGAAUCGGAAGUGGCUAUCAAAAUUCCUAUCAAGCACGCGCUGGAGAACGGGACAGGCCCCAGCAACUCCACUGAAAGGGGCGUGAAUGGGACCCGAAGAGACGAGGACAUGGCUGAGGCUGGAAAUGAGACCGAGAACGAGGACAAUGAGAACAACGAGAAUGAUGAGGAAGAGGAGGAAGAGGAGGAGGAUAAUGAUGGACCUUACACUCCUUUUGACCUACCCUCUGGCAAAAUGGAAAUCCUGAAGUGGCUGUUCACCUGGCCACUGAGCUUCCUUCUGCACUUCACGGUGCCCAACUGCAACAAGCCCUACUGGGAAAAAUGGUUCAUGGUCACCUUUGCUUCCUCUACCCUCUGGAUUGCAGCCUUAUCCUACGUGAUGGUGUGGAUGGUUACGAUCAUUGGCUACACAUUGGGUAUUCCAGAUGUGAUCAUGGGUAUCACAUUCCUGGCAGCUGGAACCAGCGUACCGGACUGCAUGGCUAGCCUUAUAGUAGCAAGACAAGGCAUGGGGGAUAUGGCUGUGUCGAACUCCAUUGGAAGUAAUGUUUUUGACAUUUUAAUUGGCCUGGGUCUCCCAUGGGCUCUGCAGACUCUAGCAGUGGAUUAUGGUUCAUAUAUCCAGUUAAACAGCCGAGGACUUAUCUAUUCCGUUGGCUUGCUGCUGGCAUCAGUUUUUGUCACCGUACUUGGUGUCCACAUGAACAAAUGGAAGCUGGAUAAGAAGCUGGGAAUUGUGUGCCUUUUCCUGUACGGCAUCUUCUUAUGUUUCUCCAUCAUGACAGAAUUCAAUGUUUUCACUUUUGUGAACUUGCCGAUGUGCAGAGAUCACUGAUCCAGGUGGCAGACUGUCGAAAGGUACUUCCUUCUUACCUGUGCAAUACAAAACACGGCUGGCGUCUCCAGAACACGGUGCACCCGACGGUCGUGAAAUAUAUCCUGCUCACUGUUCAUAGGAUUCUCCUCCCAUCUCGGUUUACCCUCUUCCGACCCCGAAACCUGGAAAAAUCCUGCAUCGAUGUGAAGAUAAUUUUUUUUCAACAUUAAUGUGAUUUCCAAGUUCAGUUUUUGAACAGUGACUGGGAUUCUAAAUGAACUGGCUGCUAUCUGGCGUUGAGCCAGGCAAAACUGGUCUGCUACAAUUCCUUCCUUUUUAAGUUAUUUGGUGGAAGACUAAUCUAAUUUAUGAUUUAAGACUAUUGCUAGAAUGCAGAAGAAGAGGGUACAUUGUAUAUGGGGUGUUUUUCAAGCAGAACUGUGGGAAUCUUUUAUUUUUAUUUUUUUCAGAGAUCAACAGCCUCUCUUUGCAACUUCUCCUUCUGAGCGCUGGAUUUCGUGUAAUGAUCCAAAGGUCACAAGUGCAGUGUAUUAUGGGAACUCAAUUUGAAAUACUCAGCAUAUGAGUGGAUUGACUGUUUAUUAAAAAAAAUGACUGGCAAGGCAGUGGAUAACAACUUUAUAC